GCAGUGCGCACCUGGGCCGCCCAGUCUGAACGCUGUAUUAUCCUACAGAUCACUUUCACCUCUCGCGAUAUUGGACCAAGAGCUUUAGCACAGUUAGUGCACGCCACUUGUCGCCACCGCCCGGCAUAUCAACGGAGAACGCAUUAUUAAACACAAUAUCCAUCCGAACUGUGAUAUAUGAAUUUUUUUUCUUUUUUACACGGCGCCAACGCAAAAAUGUACCUGUAUUGCUCGACAUAACACAUGAAAGAAUUGUGAACGAAAAGUGAAAGAAAAUUAAAAAAAAAAAAAAAAAUAAAGAUGGCUGAAGGACCAAGAUUGUCCGUUUUACUUAUCGUGUUCCUCGCUAUCAACUCGGCAUAUUCCGAAGGCACACAAAAAUGCGAGAAUACGCCUAUGAAACAAAUCAUUUGCGAGUUCGGAACCGCCAAAGAAAUACCCAACUUCGACGCUUGUCUGUGUACACACAUCGCAGUUCCGGUUAGCUUGGAAUCAGAAAAGGACGACGAAACUUCGGACUUGACGCCGACGAUCAAAUCAUACAAGCAAACCAAUGGCGAUCUCAAGUCGUUGGCUGCCAUUUCCAUGUACGCGGAAGACGUUGCAAAGAAGACAAACCAGAUUUGCAAUGAAAUCGUUGACGCGUUGACUCACUACGAUGGCGUACAAUUGGAUCUAAGGCAAUCCGAUGUAUCCGUAGAUAAAUCACUCGUUGUGCAUUUCUUCAAGAAAUUAUCGUCUGAAAUUGAAAAUAAAUUCAAAAUAGAAUCAACAAAUAACUCUUCACAAAUAUUUAAAAAUCCGAAAGAAAUCCAACUGGUGCUUCCUCCAAACGCUGCCAUACUGACAAAAUUUUAUGAUCUCAAAAAACUUUCCAAGUAUGUAAAUUAUUUUAUAAUUGCUACGCAUAAUCUUGUGGACAAUUCUGAACAAGGUUAUUCAUAUCACCCAAGUCGUCUUAUGGGAGCCGAUGAUUUACUCAAUGCUGAUUCCUUAAUUGAUCUUGUAAUUGGACUUGGUGUUGACCAUUCGUCAAUACUUUUAUCAUUGCCUUCUACUGCAAGUAAGUUUGAGCUCAAGGAUCCCACCCGGAAUACUCCUCGAUCACCAGUAAUUGGAUUACCAACAACAAUUACGCGCCAAAAAAUGUGUGAAGAAAUGAAAGAAGGUAAUUGGACCAUCGAAAGAGAUGAAGAUUUAACAGCACCGUAUGCGUUCAUGAAUCAAACAUGGAUGUCAUUCGACGAUAGCGUCAGCGUUUCAAUCAAGGGCAAAUAUAUAUUGUUACGAGAUUUAGCUGGAGCAGUUAUUACUGACGUCGAAGCAUUGGACUGGAAAUUAACAUGCUUAAACCAAACAGCAGUAGAACCUUUAAAAGAACUUACAAAAACUUUUACUGAAACUGCAAGGAAAUCUAGAUCAGCUCAAUUAUUAAGUUUACAAGAACAAUUACAACGGCCGGCUGAUCAAGGAUUCUAUUUUAACAAUGAAAUAAGUUAUUCGCCAUAUUAUAUUGAGAGGGUCGUUACUAGGGACGGCGAAGUUCAUGCAAUUCGUAAAGAUACAAAAACUGAAUUUGAAUGUUCGCGGCAAGGGUACUUUAGACAUCCAAGUGGUUGUAAUCGAUUUUAUCGUUGUGUAAAAUUCGAUCAAAAAUCCAACUAUUUUACGGUCUAUGAAUAUGAUUGUCCAGAUGGUUUGGCAUUUGAUGAAAAAGUUGAGGUUUGCGUAUGGCCUGGAUCUUUAUCUAAUACAGGAGCUUGUCAAGGUUCAAGUGAAAUAGCUCCAGUUCCUCGGAAUCAAUUUGUCUGUCCACCAACAGAAGGUUAUUACGCUGAUCCUGAAAACUGUCGGUGGUUUUUCGCUUGUCUUGAUCAUGCUAAAGAUGGCUAUACUCCACUUACAGCAUACGAAUUUAGAUGUCCAUUUGGAUUAGUGUUUGACGAAAAAACAUUAAAAUGUGACUGGCUUUGGAAAGUGGGAUCUUGUGGAAUCUCAGGAAAAUCAUAUCAUAAUUACGGAGAACAAUCUUACCAAACAAACCAAUUCAACACAUUUUACGGAAAAGAAUCAUCUAUUCCUUACUACGGAAACGAACCAUCUAUUCCUUACUACGGAAAGGAACCAUCCAUUCCUUACUACGGAAAGUAUAAUCAAGAUCAACCUCAAUUUUCAUUUGAUUCCACUGAUACUUAUAUAGCACCGAGUAAAUUCGAUUUCCCAUAUUCUACAACUAGCAAACCUCAUUUAUUGUAUGGAUCUACAGAAAAUUAUGUUACGCCAAGUGCACCUCGGUUUUUAUACAGUUCAGCACAAUCUUACGCACCACCAAAUAGCCCUCAAAUUGCAUAUGGUUCAUCAGAAACGUAUGUUGACCAUAGUAAACCUCAAUCAUUAUAUGGAUUAACUGGAACCUACGCUUCCACAAAAAGUCCAGAAUUUUCAUAUGGAUCUACGGAAUCAUUUUCCACUACAAGUAAACCACAAAUAUAUUCUAGUCCAAAUGUAGGAUAUUCCAGCACAACCAAACCGCAUUUCUUGUUUGAAUCUUCAGAAUCUUAUUCUACUACAAGCAAACCUCAACUCUUUUACAAAUCUUCAGAAUCGUACUCAACAACAAACCGACCUCAAUUCUCGUUUGGCUCUACAGAAUCAUAUUCCACCACAAGCAAACCUCAAUUCUCUUAUGGACUUUCAGAAUCUUAUUCUACUACAAGCAAACCUCAAUUCUCUUUUGGCCCUUCAGAAUCAUAUUCUACCACAAUUAAACCUCAAUUCUCUUAUGGAUCUUCAGAGUCUUAUUCUACUACAAUUAAACCACAAUUCCCAUACAUUAAAACAGAUACUUAUGAAAAUCCAAAUUAUCAAAGUAGAUUACCUAACUUUGACUUGAAUAAUUAUAGACAAUUUGGUGUACUGUAUCAUCAACAGCGCGGUUCUGAAGUUGAACCACAACAUCACACUGGAAUUCUUCUUCACCAACAAAAUAAUUUCCAAAGUAUACCAGUAAAUAAAAACUACGAUUCUCAUAAAAAUGAUGUUCAAUAUCCACCAAUAAAAGAUUUUGAAACAUAUUCUACAACACAAAGACCUUUAAAUAAAAUACCCAGUUCCAGGCUCUACUCAGAAAGUUCUUUUUCUUCUAAUGCUUACUCAAACCCAUCAAUACCUUUUGAAAAUAAUGCGUACAAAAAUUCUUACUCUAUUUUGGGAGGAGUAAAUGGAUACGAUUCCCACAAAGUUAACGAACAAUAUCAACCUUCAUAUAACUUUGAAACAUAUUCAACCACUCUAAAACCCAUUGCUAAAUUGCCUGAUUUACCAAAUUACUCAGAAUCAAAUAUUUAUUUAAAGCCUACUUCUAAACCAUUUGAAGAAUAUUUGCAAGACAUUUCUCAUUCAAAAUUAAGUGAUGAAUCCAAAUUGCAAUAUUCUACAAGUAGUUCACCAUAUUUAUCUUCGUCUCCAAGUAUUGACAUCGAUUACCAUAUUUCUUCAACUACACAAAAACCAACAUUACACGACACUAGCUUGCAUAAAGAAAAGUUUAAGACUCAAUUUAAUUUUGAAGAUUAUCUAUCAAGGCUUUCUAGUCACCAAUAUCCAUCUACUACUUCUGUGGUUGAUUAUACGCCGUCUAUUCGUGGAAAUAGCUAUGAUAAUAACUUUGCACAAACUUUUUCUACGUAUUCAUCCACCACUCCAAAACCAUCUGUAGUAUACUAUAGUUCACCGUCGUCAAUAUUACCAAAAGUGAAAGAAUACUCUGAGAGUUAUGGUUCAUCGUUAUCAUAUCCCGUAACUACUGAAAAAUCAGUAGAUUACAAUUUACCUAUUUCUUCAACGUAUGCUCCAUCAGCGUACAGUCCUUCAGUUAAUCCUAGCGUAUACACACCAACAUUCAAACCAACGGUUGACUAUUACACUCCAUCGUCUACAGUUGCUAAUGAUGAUUCUGUUUUUGUUGAAGAACUCAUUUCAAAAUUGUCAAAAACUCCAAUUUCAAAUACAUAUUCAACUAGUACUCCUAAACCAAAAUACGACAAUUAUUAUUCAUCACUACAAGCUGGAGAUUAUAUACCAAAUGAUUCUUUCAAUAUUGACGAAUACGUAUCAAAACUAUCUGAAUCUAUUGAGAAUUCUACACCAAAAUCAUUAUACUCGAGCACUUCUCAAAAACCAUAUGUUGUACCAUACAGUUCAAAUGACUACUCAUCUCGACCACUACCCACUUCAGUUUACUUAUCUUCAACUGAAGAGCCUAAGACAUUUGAUCAUGAAUCAUAUUCGGCACUUCCUGUUCAAUCAACGACGUGUAAGCCUGAAGCUUCAAUAAAAAUAACGUCCCCUAAGGUACCAUACAUUCCAUCACUCGAAUCUGUCUUUAGUGUAAGACCUCCUUCUACAUACACACAAAGACCAGAACCAUUGAUUGGCUAUUCAAGCACGGCUUCUGACUUGAUAAAUUAUUAUUAUAAUAUUCAUUCAUCUUUAGAUUCUGCUUAUCGUUCACCAUUGCCUAGAUAUUAUGCUGCUCCAAUGGGAAAUUCACUUUACACAAGUAAUUACACAUUACCCAGAGAAUAUGAGAAAGACGGUGGGCAUCAUUUGCAUGCAGCUUAUCCAGCGUACCCUCUGAAACCAAUAAUUGUGGAACCAGUUAGUCCAGAACUGAAUGCAGAGUUUGAACGAUACUAUACAGCUGAGAUACGACAAAACUUGAAGAGCGAAGAAAACGGAAAAGUGCUCGUAGUCGGUGACAAUAGUCCUCUAAUUGUAGGUAAAUUGGGAGCUCAGUGCGACUGUGCGAAAAAGAAGAAGCCUACGAUUGUAUCAACAACGACCAGGACUGUAAUCGAACACGACGAAGACGAUGACGAUGAAAAAACAUCGGUCGUAAAGGAAGUAGAAACAAAGACCAAAGUAGUAUUGGACGAAGUAAAAAAACCCUCAAAUAAAAAAUUAUGUACCCGAGCAGGGUUAUUUAGAGAUCCGAAACAGUGUAAUAAAUUCUACUCGUGUAACUGGGACAAGUGGACACAAAAUUAUGAACUUAGUGAGUUUAAAUGUCCAAUUCACCUUGCUUUUGACGAAAAUCUAAGCGCUUGUAACUGGCCGUCUAAAGGACCGGCGUGCUCACACGAUACGCUCAUUAAUUACUCAAACUAAUAUUAAAUGAAAUCGAAGAAACUCAAAAAUGCACAUAAAUUUUCAUAUGAAACACGUUUCAGUGUUUUCAAAAAACAAUAUUAACAUGUAAACAAUGUACACAUAUAUAUAUAUAUUUUUUAAGUUAUGAUAAUUGUUCUUGUAGUGUAGGUAUUUUCAUACAUGUUAUGAGAAGUACAAUAACUUAUGUAUUUAAAUAAGUUAGAAGGUAGGUAGGUAUAACAAGCCAAUAAAAAGGUUUGAUGUAUUGAGUUGAUUUAUUUCCAAAUUAUCACGCGAGUAUACAGUGUACAUUUUGUAGUUUUAAAUUACAAAAUAGUACCUAUCUACUUAUUCAAAUACAGUGUAAUAUGUUACAAUGUGUUAUACACGUAUUUAAAUACCUACCUAUGUACCUACCUAAUAUAGAUUAAAUACGCUCUACCUACUAUAAUACUAAACUUUACAUUAAUCUGUUUUUAUUAUUUAGUAGGUAGUUGAUAAAAUACAGUUCUCGAAGGGAAAAGUACCUUAAACUGUUUUGUGUUAUUUUCUAAAUAUUACAUAUAUAAUUUAAUUGUACACAUUUACCGUCAGACUAGCAACAAAAAUUAUGCAAUAACGUUGGAAAGGUUACAAUAAACAACCUUAUUAUUGUUUUUUUUUUUUUAAUUUUACAAGUGCAGAAGUAAAUCAAAAUAUUU